AUGUCAUUGAAGAAAGGCGCAAACCAAUCACUAGAGGAACGCAUCAAGGCUUUUGCACAGCGCAUCAACACACUCGAAAAGAACUCUGGCAGUCUUAGCAAUUCCAUGGAAAGAAAGAAUGUCAGAUCUCAGCUUCUUAAUUUGAAGAAACUCGAUCAAGAUCUCGCAAAAGAAUUCAACACAUACAAUAAACCAGACAAGGAAGCUCUCGAAGCUCAUUACAAGGAAGUAAAGGACAAAUACAUGAAACUUAAUCAAGAGCUCGAGCAAGAAUGCGUCAGAUACGAGGAAGAAGAAAAGAAGAAGCAAGCUGAAAGAGAAGAAAGAGAUCGCCAGGACGCAGAAGCAAGACAGAAACAACAACAAAUGUCAGAAUUAGAUCAGGAGACAGCAGAAAUCAAUUUCGUGGAUAACCAAGUUAAAGAUAUCCUUGAGGAUGAAAAGGCAUUGAACGAAGCCACCGAACUUCUUAAUACUCGUAUUCAAGAACAGCAUGAGGUUGUUGUUCGUGUUGAUAAUACAGUUGAAGAAGCUAAGACUGAAAUGGAAGAAGGCAACAAAGAGUUGAACGAAGCUCAGAAGUUGCAACCAAAAUGCCGUAUUUGCUAA